UCUAUCAAAGAUAGAUCUUAAUCUUAAGCGGCCUUAUAUAUAUCCGGGCAAUUUCUCUGCGCAGUCGCACUUGAAGUCUUUCUUUCUGCUACAACCUCGUGGACGUAUAGGAUGCCGCCCAAAAAGACAGAUAGCAAGGGAGGAAAAGGAGGAAAACAGCCGGAAAAGAAAAAGAAGGAAGGAGGAUCCGGUGGUAAAGCCAAAAAGAAGAAGUGGUCAAAAGGAAAAGUCAGGGACAAGUUAAAUAAUUUAGUAUUUUUUGACAAUGCUACUUAUGAUAAGUUGUUAAAAGAAGUCCCAAGCUAUAAACUGGUCACACCUUCAGUGGUUAGUGAAAGAUUGAAGAUUCGUGGUUCUCUGGCAAAACUUGCCCUCCGUGAAUUGGAAAGACUAGGUGACAUCAAGCUGGUAUCCAAACACCAUUCACAGAUCAUCUACACCAGAGCCACUAAGGAAGAUGUAGCAUAACCUUAGAAUGAAGUUCAAUAAAUGGCAUUAAUAUAAA